GGGCGUGUGCACCCGAGUCAGGGGCGCGGGACGAUCUGCUCCGGGUGGAAGGCUUGGGCCAGGCUGGCAAGGGAGCGGGAGGGACGGCGAGGCGUUUCACCUCCAGGAAAUCGCGCCUGUGACCCGCAGAGCAGGACGGGACGCGGCUGCAGCGAGCCCCGCUGAGUCCCAGGUACUCGCCGACCUCCUGGGGGCGCCCAGCGCCGACUGGUCGCGGCCACGACCCCGCCCACCCCCGAGUCAGGUCACCCGAGCCGGCACCCGCGGAUCCCCAGGCCACCGCGCCGCCUGGAAGCCCUUCCCAGAACCCGAAGGUGGUGCCAACCACUCAAUAAGGCCAAGAAAGUGGUCUGAGGAAAAUGUGUCCUGGAGCCAAGAGUGGAGAGACCUGUCUUAUUUGUGGCAUGCUCCAACUGAAAGAUGAAGGAAGAAUAAAUUCCAAGUGUCCACGGCUGUGUCUUCUUGAGCCCAGGACUCGCUAGUGAGCUGCAAGGGACAUCUAUUCCCACCCUAGCCAAGCACCAUGGAGAAAAUCAGCUCCUUCUUCAGCUCUAUCUGGGACACCAUCAUGGCCAAGCAUGAGGAGGGCAUCUUCAACACCAUCUGCCUGGCCGUCCUCCUGGGGCUCCCAGUAGUGAUGAUCCUCACCCUCUUCUUCAUCUGCUGCCAUUGCUGCUGGAGCCGAGCAGGCAAGAACCGCCCACAGACAGACCGACACAAGAAGAAGAAGAAGGGGGAUGAGGAAGACCUCUGGAUCUCUGCUCAACCCAAGCUUCUCCAAAUGGAGAAGAGGCCAUCCCUGCCCAUCUAUUAGCAGUAAAUACAGGUGUCCUCCUUCUGGGGCCAAAUGUCCUUCGAGUCACACAGAGACUGGGGAGAAGGAAUCCAUGAGAUGAUGCACUUGUGUCCACAGAGUAACUGCUCAACCCUGGAACAAAUCUCAGACCGAGUGUCCCAGGGCAAGAUGCUCCCAGGGGAGCACAUGGCCAAUUCUUGCACUGCGUUGGCAGCUAUGUGUCCAGUAGCAAUGCUUCGCUACAGAAGCAGAUGUGCAUUCCACCUGUCCCUGCCUCUGGCAUACCUUAUAAAUAAAAGCACAAAGAACACUGAUGCUUACAUGCUGAUAUGGCUUGCAUGUGUACACACCCGGAACACUUUUGCAAAUUCAGGCAGCAGGUACAUGGGCAGGUGUAUUUCUGUUCAUCAGCUGGCCUUUAAAUACAUACUUCCUGCGAGGCUGUACAUUAAAUACACAUGCAGAAGCACCUCACAAAAAAGUAUAUCCAGGCUUAGGCACAUACACACAGUGACGCGGCCAGGCCACACUCCUGGGCACUGUUUAUUCUACACACCACUCAGGUUGGAGCUGUAUGCUUCCCUCCUCCUGUACUUACAAAGCCUUCUACAGUAAUAUUCACAUUUGGACAUUCCAGGAACCUGGUACAGUCCCCUCCCGGUGGAUACUGACAUGGACACACCAAGUUCGCUCCUUUCUUGGAACUUGUCACAAGGCCCUCAUAACCACUGAUGGAUGUUUUAGUGUCAGCCAAGACCUCUCUGAGAUGCUACCCCCUCACCAAGGUGGACUUUUCUGAGCAAGCACAAGCCACUCUGGGCAGUGACUGCUAGCAAGCUACGGAAAUCCACUCAUUCACUUCAGCAGGCUGCAGUUACGCACCUGUGCAAUGUCUAUUUUACAGAAAGGAUACUAAGAUGCCACAAGCCAGCUAGGUACCUUGUUUGUCACCAGUUUCUCAGUAGGGAAGGAAUUAAAGACAGUCUCCAGUAGAGGGGUAAAGAAGCCACCCCAGAAAUGAUUUCAAGAGAAUGCAGUGUACGUGUGGCAUGUUGCAGGAGUGCAGGAUGAGCAGCUUCAGCGAAACUAGGCUGAAGCUCUACGAUGUUUACUAAUAUUUAUCUUGAAGUUCAGGCAAGUGGGUCCUCCUCACUGUGGCUGCUGCUGGCGGCGUGCUAAGGCUUAGGGUAAGCUUGCAGUACCUCACCAUUCCCCAAAGUGACCUUCUCUUCAGCAGGAGCCCCCGACAUGCUGCUGUGGACUGGACGAGGUGUCGGCUUGCAGGACCGCACGCUCAGUGCCAAAGGUCCAGCCAACACGUGUGCCCUGGGGAACAGGAAGACAUGGAAACAAGAUCUGCAGCACACAGAGCCCCUCCCCUGCCCAGGCUGAGGUUGGGAAGCAGAGUUAAUCCACCUUUAGGACCAGCUGGUUGUGUUUUGAUUCUAUUGUGAGGACAUUACAAAGAUAAAUAAUUCCCAACUUGGGAAUGGAUUGUAUUUUAACAGUUCAUUUGCAAAUCUGCCGCGGAGCUUUCUUUAAAUAUUUUCCCACAGAAGCUGUUCUAGACAGUGGCAAAAUCACUAAUUAAUAAGGUAGCUAAGCUAUGACAGUGAUAGUAGCAGAAAACCAAAUUCAAUAACUAUGUGAAUGCAAAGAGGUGCUCUGUUUGCUCAUUUGGGUUACCUGGAAUUCAGCUGCUCCCCGGGUGUUCCCCGGUCUAUGCAGAGUGGGUACUGGUAGUGGAGAGUGGGUACUGGUAGUGGAGAGUGGGUACUGGUAGUGGCUCUAGUAUCAGGGUCUCCUAACAGAUAACCACAUGAAUCUAAUUCAGGCCUAUUUGCAUUUUAAAGCCAGUCACCUUUUCACUCUACGUAGCCCUAAAGUCUCUAGGCAUUUAAGUGUGGGCAUUCUGAUGAUCCAUCCCCUUAUCACACAGACAGCUUGCACUGGAGUAUCCAGCUGUCCCCUGCAUGGCACAGGACGGUUUGGUCAUGUCCCGUUUCACAUGCUUCCCAUGUCUGCUGCUGCCCACUGGGCUGAGUUGUUCUUCCCACCUUCAGCUCUCAGUCCCCCCAAAGUGGACGACUUGGGAGGAGGUGUGGGAGCUGACAGCCAAGAUGGGAUGUCAGAUAUGAUCCAGGAGCGUGGAUCACCUGGGUUGGGGACCAUGGUCUCCAUGGCAACUGGCUGCCAGUUUGAGUUAAAGCCGCAGUCAGCUGUCAUUGCUAUGGCAGGGCCUCUGUCCCCAGGCACAGUAUCCCUGCUGUCUCCCAAUCAAAUAGACUUGCUCCAGCUCCAGGCAUGAGACACCCAGAAACUUCUUCUGCACGGCUUCCACAGUGUGGGACCCACAACACCCCAGAUGGAAUGGGAUUUAGCGCCCACCCCAGCCUUUCUGGAGUGCCCAGAAUAGUGCCAGGCACGUAGCAGACCCUCAUGUUCUUCUUGGAUCUGUGGAAACAUAAAAGGAGCUAAGGCAGAUGCCCUUUGCUUUUGCUUCUCAGUUUACGCUUAUCUUUCUUUCCCAUUCUCUAGUCCCUUUUUCCCAUACCAUGCCAGUGCUGUUCCUUUAUUCUUCACUUGUACUGGCAAUCAGUGGAAUCUCAGAACCUGGGAGAGGGUUAAAUUAAUGAGUAGAAAUGACUGAAACAGAAGAGCCUUCCUAAGCCAGCACAAGCUCAGAGAGGACCCCUCCCCCGAGUCCUGGCCUGUCCAGCCUUAGCCAGGCUUGAAUGACAAUCAGACAUCUUAUCUCCAUUGCUCAGUGGACUGACUUUUUGCUUUUUUAUUUCUUGAGGGGAAGGAAAGACAAAGAGGAAAAUGUAAAGAAA